AUGUCACAGUCUUCUGUAACCUCGGAACGUCCUACCCGCUCUCGAAAGCAGACCAGCCACCCGGGAAUGGUCCCAGUCACUCCUGACUCACGUCGCCGCGUAUCGAUUGACAGCAUUAUACUUGCCAGUGGCCAAUCUCGUAAUCGCCAGAAGAAGAACAAGGCCCAUGUCUCCGAUUCUGAAGACGAUGCGGUAGCCGUCCCGAGUCGAUCCAAGAGACAAAAGCGUAAGGAAGCAACCGAUACCGAAAUCGAAAUCAUCUCUUCGCCAGUUGCAAAUAGUAAGAAGCGUAAGACCAAGUCGAAGAAAAGCAAGGGUACAAAUGAUACUAGUAUGGCUAAAGAUCAAGUUUAA